CCGUAUCUGUGCAACAAGAACAAUUCUCAAAAUCAGGAAAUUGGUGUCGACAUCGAUGUAUUUAAAGUUGACAGUUUUCUAGCGAGUGGCAUGGCUGUUAAUCUAGAUGGGGAGGAACAAUCCGUCGUGGUUGCCUACAUUGCUCAGGAGAUCCGCAAAUCACGCCUUUAUUUCCAGCUGAAAAGGGCAGCUCAGGCACAGGCAGCCAAACCGAGUGUAGAGAUAUCGACACUACAGGAGCAAGUGAGCCAAGGCCUCAACGAAACAGGCUGGGAACGUAAGCUCCACAAUGCUGUGUAUAAGCACCUGCUGAACUACCCCAAAAGACCCCACCCCAGCACCCCAUCAGACCAGGCGAAGGAAUCCCUAGCUUACAUCAGAAGGGCACAGACUACCUGGGAGAAGCGUAUCCUGAAGAGUUUGAACAGCAUGUGCACGGAGCUGUCUGUUCCCUUAGCCAGAAAGAGACCUCUUGCGGAACAAAAAGAGCUGAGAGGACGAUGGAACGAACUCGGUGCAGAAGAGCCUGAUCUGAGUGCCUUCCGGCCGGUGUACGCCCCUAAAGACUUCCUGGACAUGCUGAUCACACUGAAGAAUCCCAACUGCGCCACGGGGAACCAGUUUGUGGGCGGUUCCCAGAGCUGGGGACUCGUCCAGCUGCCCUUUAGAGUCCGCACAUUGGAUGAGCUGAGAGAGCAUUACAAGGAAUUUUCAGCCGGUACCCCACAGACUGGAGUAGAUGACCAUGCAGAUACUUCAGCAGAACUCUUUGACGCGGAGAGGAUGCGUUUGGGUCGGAGGAUCCUACAGGCCAACCACUCGGCACUGGCCCAGCAGUAUGCCAAGACUGGCUGCCCGGGAGGCUUACGAGCUGACAUGUGGGCGAGCAUGCUGGGCGUCACCACUGAUGAUAUCGCACUCCGUCCCACACCAUACGGUGUAGCUUAACCAAUAAGCCGUGUCGUCUCUCCCGGACUGACACCGGCUGCCAACGUAUCAUCUACUGGGAGGCUGGUUUAAUGAAAACCGGGGGAGUCUGCGGCAACGCGUCAGGGCCCACAGUGACUGACAGGGAUAGCCGUGUGUGCGUUGUGUAAGCGGAGAAACGCUCCGUUUGGCUUCUGGCCACGUUAAAUCAGGCGAGAUUGUUACGAACAGGUGCGUGGCAAAGGGAGGAGGAAACUAAAACAAAGAGAAGCAUGUGAAUUUUAAACAGAAAAAAGGAAAAGGGUGUUUUUUU